AUGGAAUCCUACCAUGGCCUCAUAGUGACCCCGUCAGACGCUAUUCUGCUUUUGGAGGCCGCCAGACAGAGCAUUAUUCCCAAAAUGAACAGACGACUCUCGGAUUACGAGCGCAUGAUUCUAAUAAAACCCGGAGCCGUAUUCAUUUGGAAUGAAUCCGAGUCCAACAUGAAAAGAUGGACGGACAGCAGAAACUGGGGCGCUUCCAGAGUAAAUGCAGCAUUUCUUAUAUAUAGGGAGCUCGACUCUUCCCAAACUACCGGCACGUCAUACACAUACAAGCGCAACGGCCUCGUGAAACAGUCUUUCUCAGUCACUAUGAAAAACGGAGGCAAAGUGCAUCUAAUAAGCUACAUGAAUAGUGACCAUGAAGCCAACAGGUAUCUUAUGAGACCGACGCAGGACCCAAGACUUAGACAUAUUCAAAUAGAUCGGAGCUUGUAUCCAGACAACCUUCUGGUAGACGAGUCCGACAAAGAGCAUGAAAAGGCAUCUUUACUUAGGAGGGCGUCCGACACCACUUACGACAAACAGAAAACUUUGGUAGCCCCGGCCCAUCUGCCACCAAUUAAUAAUGUCGACAUGGGACCUACCUUCUCGUCGACCAACAUUGUGGCCAACGUGGAAAGGACUCCGCCCUCCAGCACUGACCAACAGAAAACACAAUCCCGGUAUACUGGCCGCUUGCAGGAGGACGACAAGAUGCUCAGUGUCUUAGAUAGAUACUUCAAAUAA